AUGGCGAGCGUGAACGACGCCCUCAUGCGUCGCGGCAAGGGUGGCGGUCAAGGGGCGAAUUCCGCCGCAAAGCGCAAGCGCAGCAGCAAAAGUUCCAGCGACAAUGACGUGGGCAAGAAGAGGAGCUCCUCAAUGGCCUUGUGGCUCUCGCCUGCAGUCCACACUAAGGCCACCAAGUCGACGAUCACGCCGGAGCCAAAGACUGCCGCUGCGUCCUCGAAAUGUACCAACGCGUUGCUGUCUCCAAGCAAAUCCCUCCCUUCUACGCAGUCUUACAUUGACGUGGGUCAGCGCAGCUUCGGCAAGCAUGUCACGUGCCCCACUUGCGGGCUGCUGUACACUGCCGGAGAGGAAGAGGACGAGAAGGAGCACCAGAAGUUCUGCAAGCGGAUGAAGCGAGGCAUUACAUUCUCCAAGUGGAAGACGGAGAGGAUGUUGAGGAGCUUCCCCGACACGGGGGCGAGGAUUCUGGAAAUCCGAGGAGACGACCCGACCUCCCACGUGAAGAAGCUGCUGGAGGUCAAGGCCGUGCUGGAUGACGCAUUGGGCUUUGUUGAAGAAGAAGCGUUCUUGCGACGCAGCCACUUUGUGUACAUUCAAAAGCACAAAGUGGUUGGGUGCGUCAACACGGAGCGCAUAACGGAAGCCUUUACCUUGGACAAGAGCGCCUCGAAUCUAGUUGUCCAGACAAACUCUGACGACAAAGAGAGCUCAGGAAGCGUGGAGGGCGCGAUCACGGCGUCUGCAACCUCGCAGCCUGCUCUUGUUGGUAUCUGCCAGCUCUGGGUGCACCCUUCGGUACGCAGGAAAAGCAUUGCCACCCGAAUGGUUGACGUCGUGCGAGAAAAAUCGAUCUACGGCAUGUGCGUGGCCAAGAACCUUGUCGCCUUCGCACAGCCGACACGUAACGGCCUUCAGUUCGCACAACAGUACAUGGAACCAUGCGAGAUGCUUAUUUAUUGA